UGCAAGAAUAUCAGAACAAUAAACUUAUUCUGAAGGGAAAUGGUUGCUGUGGUUGAACAUGACCUCAAGAGAAACAACAGGAACAAAGAUCUUUAGUUACAUGUUAAUAAAAUAUUGGUUUUAUGUGUGAGGGAGCCUUAAUGUUGUUGGAUACCUCAAUCUGUGUAACACACUGUAAAAAUGUGAAAACUGAACUCUCUUUCCUAGUUUUUAUUUUUUAUUUUAAUCUUUGAUCUUUUCAAAGAAGGAUGCAGCAUAAAUGAUGUCUCAUUUUCAGGGAUGGACGAUGGUGAGUUGGGAGACACAACAGACGAUAGAAAGCCAACGUUCUGAUUAUAUGGAUUGUAUCAAAUGAUAAAGAAUACAACAAACCAAAGAGAACCUCACAACAAAGCUCUAAAAUGUUUUGGUUAAAACCAAAGAGUAAUCUCCAACAGCCUAAACAAUUGAACUUAUUCCUUGCUUUAAUGAAAUGAUAAUAAACUUUGCAUAAGCACUGCGUGAGAAGCAGAAUAAGUCUUCACGGGAGAGAUAAAGCAUGUUUAAUAAUUCUGAUAACUCAGAGGGCUCGUGCUCACCAGCCAGCUGUGAGGGGAAGGAUUUACAGUCAGACUUCUUUGAUGGUUAAAGAAUGUGCCGUGCUUCUUGUUAUCAGAAUGUCAAACACAAGCUCACACCAAAAUGCAGCCUCUGUACACUCAAGGGCACGGGCACGAAUCCAGCUUCUCAAGGUCUUGUGUUUUGUUUACCAUUUUGCCUCUAUGUUGUGGCUUGUGCAUUACCCUGACCUGGCUUGUAACCAGAUCAGAUUGCUUAUAAAGACCAAACUCAGACAGCUUCCAUUAUUUUCCCUCAUCGGGUUGGAGGAGCGGCGUGCCGAUUAUUUAGCCUUCCUAUGGAUUUGAUCUCUGGCUGUGGACGGACCAUGACACCAGUAGGGUUUGAUGAUGCAGUGGCAAACCUGGUCUCCAUGUCCUCAAAUUCCACUGAAAACCCAUCGCCUGGGAUCCCCAUGGCAACGAGGACCCUCUUGGUGCUUGUGUGUCUGCUGCUGGUCGCCUGGAGUCACACAGACAAGAAGACUGUACCAGGUCCGUCUUUCUGUCUGGGAUUGGGGCCACUUCUGUCCUAUCUGAGAUUUAUCUGGACUGGUAUCGGCACGGCGAGCAACUACUACAACCAGAAGUAUGGAGACAUCGUCAGAGUUUGGAUAAAUGGAGAGGAGACCCUGAUUCUCAGCAGGGCAUCAGCAGUCCAUCAUGUUCUCAGGAAUGGAAAUUACACGUCACGGUUUGGGAGCAAGCAGGGCCUCAGCUGCAUUGGGAUGCAUGAGAGAGGCAUCAUCUUCAACAACAACGUUGCUCUGUGGAAAAAGAUACGCACGUACUUUGCUAAAGCCCUAACAGGUCCAAAUUUGCAGCAGACAGUGGAAGUUUGCAUCUCCUCCACACAGACUCACCUGGACAAGCUGGACAGUUUGACACAUGUGGACGUCCUCAGUUUGCUGCGCUGCACCGUGGUCGACAUCUCCAACAGGCUCUUCCUGGGUGUUCCAGUCGAUGAGAAAGAGCUGCUGCUAAAGAUUCAGAAGUACUUUGAUACGUGGCAGACUGUGCUGAUCAAACCUGACAUCUACUUUAAGAUUAGCUGGAUUCGCCACAGGCACAAGGCAGCAGCCCAGGAACUACAAGAUGCCAUUGGAAAACUUGUGGAGCAGAAGAGGAGAGACAUGGAGCAGGCAGAUAAGCUGGACAGCAUUAAUUUUGCAGCAGAUCUCAUAUUUGCACAAAACCAUGGCGAGCUGUCUGCUGAGAACGUGAAGCAGUGUGUAUUGGAGAUGGUGAUCGCAGCACCAGACACUUUGUCCAUCAGCCUCUUCUUUAUGCUUCUGCUCCUCAAACAGAAUCCAGACGUGGAGCUGCAGCUGCUGCAGGAGAUAGACACAGUCGUAGGAGAAGAGCUUCAGAACGGGGACCUUCAGAAGCUGCAGGUGUUGGAGAGCUUCAUCAACGAAUGUCUGCGCUUCCACCCGGUGGUGGACUUCACUAUGCGUCAAGCUCUUUCUGAUGACAUCAUAGACGGCUACAGGGUACCAAAGGGCACAAACAUUAUCCUGAACACGGGUCGCAUGCAUCGGACGGAGUUUUUCCAAAAAGCAGAUGAAUUCAAUCUGGAGAACUUCCAAAGAAAUGCUCCUCGUCGAUACUUCCAGCCGUUCGGUUCAGGGCCUCGGGCCUGUGUGGGUAAGCACAUCGCCAUGGUGAUGAUGAAAUCCAUCUUGGUGACACUGCUGUCUCAGUACUCCGUUUGCACCCACGAGGGCUUGACCUUGGACUGCCUCCCACAGACCAACAACCUUUCCCAGCAGCCUGUGGAGCAUCCUCAGGGGGCUGAGAGCCUCAGCAUGAGGUUCUUACACAGACAGAGAGGAAACUGGAAGACACACUCACACUUUUAAUUUCCUGUUGUUUUUAACCACCUCACACGCAUAUACGCUCUCAUUCAUUUAUUAUCUCAUGACUGUAAAAAGUACGUUUGUAUUAUUUUGUUAUGUAUUCAUCUUGUGUUUCCAUAUGUCUUGUUGUGCAUUAAGUAAAAUGUAAGUUUCUAUAUUCUAACUCAGAAGUAAAUGUAAAUUAUUGUGUUGAAACUGUGUUUUGUCUUAUUUUGGGGUAUACCAUCCAUAUUUAU